AAAGACAUAUAAGGAGGUGAAGAUCCCAACUAUCGGCUCGUUCUCUGUCUCUAGACUCCAACGCAGAUCAGUGCAUCAGCUCCAUUCACCCUCCAGUAUCCAUCACAGCUCCAGAACGCAUCUCAAAAGCUCUCCAGUCACGCUUUCAUCAAAAUGAAGGCCUUCACCACGCUUCUUUGCACCCUGGUGGCUCUCGCCUCGGCGGCUGCAGUUCCAUACAGUCCGUCCAUGGACAUUGCAGAGCGCGAUGCCGCUGCCGCACUCGGCCUUGACAUGACGGCCUACGAUCCCCUCGCACGGCGUGACGAGGAGGUCGAGGUCGUCACGGAAGAUCUGCCGGACGGCAGCAACAAGGUCGAAAUUGUGGUCGAUGGCGUGUCUAGCGGCUAUCUGAUUAUUGACGCCGAUGGCGAGGUCCAUGGCUUCGGGGGCGACGGCACCGAGUUUGACCUAGAUGAUGUCCUCGUGGCCCGCGCCGAGGGUGCUACCGGCGUUGAGAAGCGCGCUUUUGAACGUAUCCGCGCCCUUGCCAAGCUCGCGUCCGUCAUUAAGAAGUACGGUGCCAAGGUUGUGAAGUUCCUCAUCUGCAUUGGGUCCUGGGGCAAGAUUCUCAAAUGCGCCCCCAAGGUGCGUGUCUUUCCUAUUGAUGGAAGCGUCCGUGUCCUUUGGCCAUCGGAAGCCCGUGCGAGGUUGGAGGUUGCUGACUGUUCCUCCCUCCAGUUCGUCACCUGCGCUGUCAAUAACAAGGCCCCGUGGGAGUGUGGCCCUGGGAUUUCCUGCAUCGGCAACUCUGCGCAGAAAUGCUUGGCUCAGCUGUGACCGGACUCCCUGUACAGAGUACUGUGCGCUCAUAGCGGU